UCAGAUUAGCAAUGCUGAGGUGCGCCACGAUGGAUGAGUUACUCAUGCUUAAUAGUUUACGCUGGGCAGGCCAUGUACUUUGUAUGUCAGAGGAUCGUCUGCAUUACAGGGCUUUCUUCGCCCAGCCCUGGGCUGAGAGGUGGACAGCGUAUGACUUAGCGAAAAAGUAUCAGGGCACUAACCACGGAACUCAGUGGGGUUGACGACCGCUGCUUCCCCGAAUGGGGAUCUUGGUUGUUACCGGAUUAAGUAACACUUGCAAACUGUCCCAGAUAGAAACCGUGGGGUAAGACAGAUCCAUGGUCAGUGAUCGUGACAGAUAUGGCUGUAUCACGUAGCCAAUGGUGAGCCUGCUUCAAAACUAUCUCCUCCACUGCAUAGCUCUCGCUGUCUGCCAUACUGGACAAGCAGAAGCAUUUAGCGUAAAUGAACUGACUGAGCCAUCAUAUUCAAUACGUGACUCAUUUUCCUAUUCUCUUCAUCUUCGGCGAAGAAAAGGAGUCUGCGCUGAAGGCCACGUGGUCAACUUUGAGACCAUUGGAUGUGAUGUAGACUUGGCGUACUGCUCUUGUUAGUUUCCUGAAACUGCCGCGGAGAAGCCAUUUUGGUAUACCUCUAAGAUAUCUUGAGAUGUGUACUGUACGUUCCUGUCAAGCGUAUUCCAUUAGUCAUUAGCCUGCUGGCCUUAACUACUGAGACUUGUCUCUAGUCUCAAGCUCAUUGCGUAAAAUCCCAUGUACACUUCUUCCACCUAUUUUACAGACGCUUUCCAUUAAUCGCCUCAUAGUUUGACCCUCCGUGAGAUGAAGUAUCGUGAUCGUUACGUGUUUUACAAGGAUAGACCAGAAUGGGCUGAUGUCGUACCGGUUCCACAAGACGAGGGCGAGCGAAACGUAGUACGAAUAGCUUACUCUCCACAGUUUGUUGAUGCACACGACUAUAUGCGUGCGGUACUACUCAAGGAUGAGCGGAGUGAACGUGCGUUGGAGAUCACUGGCACUGUUUUACUUCUCAAUCCCGCCAACUUUACCGUAUGGGAGUACCGACGACGGAUUCUCAUCUCAUUACAGGUGGAUCUUGUAGAGGAGUUGCAGCUUACCGGAAAACUAAUUGACGAGCAUUCGAAAAACUAUCAGUUGGCGGAACAAUCAGACAAGAUUUCAGCAGACGAGAAACCACUGAAUCGCCAGUCCAUUGGUCAAGAGGAGCUUGAUUUCACCGAUACUGUCAUCUCAGAUGACUCGAAAAACUAUCAUGCGUGGCAGUACCGUCGCUGGGUCGUCACUUAUUUCGGAAUGCCGUCUGCAGGAGAACUGCAGUACACUAACAGACUUAUCCAGGAGGACAUGUACAACAACUCCGCUUGGAACCAUCGUUUCGUAGUCGUCACAAAGGACGAAGGACUCACACCGCCUGUGCUGCAGCGGGAAAUAGACUAUGUUCAAAGAAUUAUUCGUGCAGCGCCCAAUAACGAAAGCUCUUGGAAUUAUUUGUACGGCCUGCUGGUCCCCUCCCCUUGUGUGGUCGCUUCUGGUUCCUCCUAUUCCAAAAACAACAAAUCUUCUCCACGUCCUGACUUGGUUGGGUUCAACACAGCCAGCGAAGUGGUUGACGAGACUGUGCGAUCGACGUCUCCUGUAGAGAAACCAGAUUCGAACCCCCGAAUGACGAAACUCGUUAUUCGAUCGCCCUCGGCCGCUAAUCUCAGAGCGAUGCGCAAAUUUGCUGAGGAGUUGGCUGCCGCUGACGCAGUGGCUGCAAAUAGCGUGGCGUUGCUCGGCUUUUUGGUUGAGGUCUAUGCAGACUGUAUACAGGCGCGCGUAGAGGAAAAAACUCGGAAUGGGUACGCUCAACUUAAUUCGGACUUGGCCUCCGGUGAAGCCUCGAGCAACUUCGCAAAACAACUGCCGGAUUACGAUGUCGUGGAGGAGUGCAGUCAGGAAUCAGUUACGAGUCUGGUUGAUUUGGCUGUCUCAACUUGUGAGCGAUUGGCUACUGAACUAGACCGAAUUCGAGCAAACUACUGGCGUUAUCGAUCGCGUCAAAUUCAGGCCAUGACAGUUUAAACCAAAACCGACCGUCUACGAUUUUUUGUUGUGAUCACCGAUUUGAUUGUGAAUGCCCGUAACAUUCACUUGAAACUUUCUCCUUUUGCCACUAAUUUUUGUCGAAUGCCAUGCAGAUGCAAUAAAGCGUUUUUAUUUGUGAAAA